CAUUCACCCUUGGAGGUAGGAUUUACACUUCUCCAUAAUGAACAGGCACAUGCUGUGCCAAAUGCUAGCCGUGGUGCUGCUACUGACGGUCUUCACGCAUCACAUGCUCGUGCGCACUCUCAAUGCUAUGUGCGAUCAGGUUUUACUGAAAGAUAUGAACAUGGCAUAUCCGACAAACCCACUCCGACACCAUGCGAAACGGUCUCUGUUGAGGAGGAGUGGUGGAAUGAUUUCCACCUCAGUCAUGUCGGCAGCAUCAUGCGCAAUCAUUACCUUAAGCCUCAUGCGCGUGACAUUCGCCAUUGGUUCUUUCUCGUGGCAUUCCUUCAAAUUUGUGCUGCUAGCAGUGAAACUGCAUCUGUCACCUUUGACUAUAAUGUCGCUUCGACUGCACCUUGUAUUGUUGGCGAUCUUGGUGCUGAGCGAGGAUGGGUUAUUUUGCCUGACGAGCUUCCAGAACACUUCCAAUGGCGCCAGUCUGGGCCUUACGGUGUCGAGUUGGAGUGGGACGUGGAGAAGUUGAGUACCGAUUUUGCAAGCAGUAUAAAACUACGCUUCGAACCAGCCACAGGCGGACGUGUUUAUGAGCGUGAAGGAAGAUUUGCCAGUGGCAACAUUUUCAUUCGGAAUUUGAGCGCUGACAAACAAUACAAUGCAUUCCUAUAUGCAAAGAGGGAUGGGAGUGAUGAAGAGAUUUAUAAGGGGGUCAUUUACACCUCCUCCGCUAGUGUGUCUUCGAAAACGGAGGAGGUAAGUGGACUCGUCGCCACAACCAGUAGAUGCGCUUUAACUUCUGCGCUCUCUGCAUUCCUCCUCACCUGCACCAUGGCUGUCCUCGUCUGA